CCGGAAGUAAAUUACGUUCUGUUCCGGAGCGCCGUUGAGUGUUCUGCACUGAAGGCUAAUCAACCUCCACCCUUGAACUGCUACACACAUUCAAACGUGUGUGCGAGACGUCUUUCUCUGUCUGCUCUGAGCUCUCCCUGAUGGGCGUCUGGUCCCGUAGUGCCGUGCUGCAGCUGUACAGAGCGCUGCUCCGUGCAGGGCGACACCUACAGUACACCGACCGCGACUACUACCGGCGCGCUGUGACUCGUGAGUUUCGCCGCUGUCAGACCUUCAACGCCCUGGAAGAGAGGGAGGACGCGCUGAAGAGAGGCCAAUUUUUCCUCAGCAGCGGGCUGGGGGGUUUGGUGUAG